GUUUUUUACUUUUUUAUGAACGUGAAGCACUCGUUGUUUACCUAGUCAUGGUUUCCCUUUCCCGGUCCCUACGACCCUAACAUAGAUAAGUAUAUUGUAUAAUAUAACAGACCCUAGUGCCCCACCUCAUCAUCUAAGACUGUGCUUCAAAUUGCAAUGCUUAUUGCUUUGUGACUAGUUUGUGCUUAUUUUUUUUUUCAUAAUUUUGCUUUGAGUAAUUGAGUAUUAAAAUAAAAAAAUAUAAUAUAUAAUAUAUUGCUAGUUACUAGUACGAGAUGCCUUUCAUAUAAUACAUUAUAAAAAUGGUUAAGUAUUGUUUUGUACCAAAGUGUACUACUGGUAACACUCAGUAUGUCAAACAACAAAAAGCAAGUGGGUUAAGAAAUAAAAGUUUAUUUAAACCACCCAAAAAUUCAGAGCUUUUUGCAAAAUGGGCUAAAGCUAUACCCCGAAAAGAUAAGGUUCUCUCAGAAAAUUCUUAUGUAUGUGAAUUGCAUUUUGAAGAGAAUGAUGUUCUAAUAUAUGACGAGACUACUUUAUUGGAUGGAACAGUCAAUAUAAUAAAAAGAAUUAGACCUUUAUUAAGAACAGGAGCAGUUCCAUGUAUAUUUCCUAACCAACCAUUAAAUUCAACAAAACAUAACAAUAAGAGAAAACCUCCUACAGAAAGGUUAUUCAUUGAAAAAAAUAAAUCUAAACUAAUUCCAGCACGUUCUGAUACGAGUGAAAUGCAAUGCUCUGAAAAAACCAACCAACAAUUUUCUUUUCAGUAUUUAAAAGAAAACCUUAAUCAAUUAGAAAAACCUGAUAGUCAAUGGAUGUUUGAAUUAAAAGAUGAUGAAGUAGAGCUUGUGAGAUGGAAUCGUGGAUCUUCAAAAAGAAUAACAAUUUCAAAUGACUUAAUAGUAAAAAUUUUUUUUAGUGGUAUUGAAAUUUUAUUUGAUCACAUUAUUAAUACAAUUUUAUUGAGCAUGAAUGAAACAAAUAAGUUAUUGAAAUAUAUACAUUCUUUAAUAGAAUGUAAAGGAAUAAUGACAACAGAAAAUAACAUUACCAGACGGUCUAUUACAUGCAAGGGUUAUGUUGAAAUACGUCUAGGGCAACGUGGACCCAAGAGUAAUUAUUGUUUUGACUGCAGGGUAGCUCGAAAACAAAUGGCUGAUAGUUUGAGGAAAAAAGUAUUCAAACUUGAAAAUAAUAUUUAAGAAAAAUUUUCCGACCUUAGAAAUAAGGUCAGUUAUACUCCAUUCAGUUCAUCUUGGCCAUUGACGACCGUUACGAUUACUAUCUUAUAAUGUAAAGUAAUACCAACUGUGUUGGUAACUGUGACGUCAGUCGAUGGCCAAGAUGAACUGGAUGGGUUAUAUAAUAUAAUUUAAUAUUAUUAACACUACUUAAAAUAAUCUAAUAUGAGUUUUUAAAUACAAAUUAAAAGGUUUAUAUUAUAAUUAGGGCUAGGAAUAUAAUACUCAAAGAAAAAUUUUAUGCCCAACAAUUUAAAAUAAUGUACCUAUAAAAUGCAUUUAAUUUUUUUUUAUUUUAAACUAGUUUUUAACUAAAAUAUUUUUAAAUUAAAUUAUUUAAAAAUUUGCAAAGAUUGAACAAUUUCUAACCUUGUAUAUUGAGUAUGGUUAAUUUUUAAAAAGGACUUAUUACCAUUUAAUUUUCCAUCGCCACUCGUAAUCUCGAUUUUUACUAAUAUUCGAUCGGGUAAAACCCUUGUAAGCCAGUUACAAAGGUACUUUUUUAAAAAAUCUGAUUUUAGUAUUAUAUGCCAUAAAAUGCUUUUAAAACAAAAAAAAAUAAACAAUGCACAGUGCAAUGAAAUCCCAGUCCUAAUUAUAAUAUACAAUAUAAGAACCAAAUUCAACAAAUAAUACAAGUAUAAUGAAGAAUACAUUUUUAAUUUUCAAAUAAUUAUAAACUCUUCUAUUAUUAUUAAAAAUAUGUUUUUGCCAUACACCAUUAUGUUACUUAGCUACUAAUUACUACAUAGCACAUACUUAGAUAAUUAUAUAUUAGAUUCAUAUUAAUUGUAACAUUUAAUUUUAAAAUUGUAAUUUCAGAAUUAUUUUUAUACAUUGUUUCAAUCAUUACAGAAUAUUUUUAUAAUAUCAAAAACCUUUUAGAUUUUAAUUGUGUAUACUAUUUUGUCAAUUUGUUAUAAUAAAUGUUUAGAAUAUAUCUAAUAAUAUAAUUUAUAUAUUAUACUUAUAGUAAUAAAUAUUAAUUGUAUUAAUUAUAAAUUAUAGUCAAUAUCUACUUAGGUCCACGGCUGUUAGUCAAAAAUAUUAACUCUGCAAACUUGGGAAAAUAAUUUGAAUAACCAAAAUUAGCAUAGGUAAAUAAUCUUUAUUAGGCAUAUUACACUAUACAGGAUGAUUUUUUAAGCAUGCUCAUCCUAUUGUUAUGCUUAAGUUAUACAUAUUCUGAAUUUUGGAAUUUUUAAAUACAUGUAGAGACCAUAUUUUUGAAUACUUGAAUUUUUUUGUACCACUUAAAGAUGAUCCUGUGACAAUACAAACUUCUUUUUUCAAAUAGGAACCCCCCUUUUCACUUUUAAUUAUUCAGCAGAUAUUUUUUUGAGAAUUUUGGUAUAUCUAAAUUAAAACGGGAAAAAUCUUCUUGAAAACUGACAAUGUCCGUAAACAGCUCAAAGUGUCAACAUUUUAUGGUAAAUAGUAAAUGAAAAUAUAAACAUUCAGUCAAAUUGUCAUGCAUCUACAAUGGUUUGUUUUUGAUUUACAACAAAAUAAGAAAACCGCUACAUGGGAAAUCGGGUAAAUAUCCAAUGUUGUAAAAAUAUAUAAUUUCAAACGCUCAUAAAAAUUUAAUUUGAUUUUCUUGUAGAUAUUAUUUUUUUGAUAAAGAUAGACAUACUUAUUAAGAAUUUUGUAUUACAUUUUAAAAUCUUAGAUUUAAAAAGAAAAAUUUUUAUGAAUUUCUAACCCACAAUAAUUUGCUAAUUUUCGUGUUUUUCCCCGUAUUUUGUCAAUAUUUGAACUUUAAAUGCUUAUAAAAAAAAACUGCGACUAAGGCAAGACCGGCUCAAGGGAAAAUAGUGGACUAGGCAAAAUCAAAUUUUGCCGCCUUUAACAAUAGAAUAUUAUCAGUAUUUUAAAAAUGCCGCCCUCUUACUAAUGUGCAGCUUAAGUGCCGCCCUAUGACGCAUGGGCCUAUGUCGCCUACUCCUUGAGCCGGGCCUGGACUAAGGAUUAUUAAUAUUUUUCAAACGUCAUUGUAACAAUAUAGUAGGAGUUUUGUAUGAAAUUUUCAAACUUUUUCAUCCAACAAUUAAAGUUUUAUUGACAUUCAUUGAAAAAAAAAUGGAAACUGAGUUUAUUCGUAAACAGCUCAAAACAUAAUCAAAAUAUUUUAAAAAUUUUUUCAUGUAUAGAAAAGGCUAACUUAAACAUUCAGUGAAAAUGUCAUGUAUUUACGAUCAUUUGUUUUAGAGUUACACCAAAAGCCAAAAACCGAUUUUGCGUAAAAAAACAUUUUUCCUUCAUUUUUAUUAUGUUUUUCCGGGUGCUUUUGAAAGCUAUUGGGAAUUUAAAAUUUUGACCUCCCAUAAGUACUAAAACUAGAUUCACUUUCCCAUCGAACAAGAUACUGAAGUUGAAAAUCGAAGCAUUAUUUCGACUACUAAUCGUUGACACAGACACAAAAAUAAAAAAUAAAAAAACACAUCAUUGUAAAAUCAAUAUAUUCAUCAUUCAACUCAGAAUAUCAAAUUUCAAAAAAAAAAUGUAAUGUUUUUAAUUUAAAUACUAUUUUUAAUACUAAUUACUAUUAUUGUUUAACCCUUUCAGUCCCAAAUUAAAUUUUUUUCAUUU